AUGUUCACUUGGCGAGCGUCCUCGUGCUUACCACUGGGGGGCGCAUCUCAAUAAUUACGAUUAUAUUCUCAUCUCCUUUCCUUCUAAUCCACUGAUCUGAAAAGACUGGAGUGAGGAAAUAAAUAACCCUCAUCCGCCAUAUUGCUUUCUUCUGUUUUUCAGAUCAGUGCCGCCUGAGCGGAGGAAGAGGUGAUGAAGAGAGGACGCCAUUUUACACCAUUGGGAUACAGUCACAGAUCUGCCAGUUUUUCUUACAACUAUGUGGGGACGGACCACCUGGUUCUAACCGGGUUUACGGCCAAUUUACAGAAUAUGCCUCAUGCUACUCGGUAGUCCAAAACCUGGGCGGACCGCGUUAAGAUCAACGUGGUUUCCCCAAAUCAGCGCGGUUUCUAUCUGCAGCUGCAGGAAGCAUAAAGGACAGAGAAAGGCAAGACAGCCAGCUCGAGGCCCGUCUCUACUACCAUGCAGCGGCCGGGUGGUCGCCAUCGCCACAAUGGCCACUCUCUGCUCCGCAAUAACAAUUCCAUGAUCUCAUACAUCGCUUCUCCUCCACCGCGCGCUUCCUCCACGGUCGCCUAUACGGAAUACUCCACCAACAACAACAGGCCGAUAAAGCCCGAGCUGGUCUGCAAAUGGACGGACCACGAGCACCGUGACCGAACUUCAAAACAAAGGAUAUGCGACCAAACUUUCAGCUCCAUGCACGAGCUGGUGGACCACGUAAGCACCGAGCACGUCGCUGGGCUCGAGCCCCUGAGCCAUGUUUGUAUGUGGGAAGAAUGCCUGAGAGAAGGAAAGGCGUUUAAAGCCAAAUAUAAACUGAUAAACCACAUCAGGGUACACACUGGGGAGAAACCGUUCUCCUGCACUUUCCCAGACUGCGGGAAAGUGUUUGCUCGGUCGGAAAACCUCAAGAUUCACACGCGCACGCACACAGGUGAGAAGCCAUUUCGGUGUGAGUUCCCCGGCUGCCUGCGGAAAUUUGCCAACAGCAGUGACCGUAAGAAGCACUCGCAGGUCCACACCAGCGCCAAACCGUACGACUGCAAGUCCCACGGCUGCUUCAAGUCCUACACACACCCCAGCUCCCUCCGAAAACACAUGAAGAUCCACCUCAACGCACUCAAGUCCUCUCCUACCUCCGAACCCAUAGACCUGUCAUUCACAGGGAUUCUUGGGAAACGUAGUUCCCAGGAUUACGUAGCUUCACGGACUAACUGCUCCUCCUCCAGGCUCUCGCUGCCUCCGGCGGUGUCCAACAUGAAGGAGUGGUACGUGUGUACCAGGACCACAGGUCAGGGACAGAACUACCUCCAACUCACAGCAGACCAGAUCAAGUCAGAACCGUGUAGUGGUGAUGAGAAGUAUUAUAACACCACGUAGCAGCAGCAGAAUGCAUUGCAUUAUGGACUGUGUCAACUACAAUGAAUCCUAAAUACAUGGAUAGAAGCUGGAAGAACAUAACAUACGUCCCGUAUCAAUAUGGCAAUUAUUUAAAACACUUAUUAUUAUUUUAACCUUUAUUUAACUAGGCUAGUCAGUUAAGGACAAAUUCUUAUUUACAAUGACGGCCUACCCCGGCCAAACCCGGCCAAUUGUGCGCCGCCCUAUGGGACUCCCAAUCACGGCCGGAUAUGAUACAGCCUGGAUUCGAACCAGGGACUUUAGUGACGCAACUCUUGCACUGAGAUGCAGUGCCUUAGACUGCUGCGCCUCUCGGGGUGAUGAACAUAACAUACUUCCCCUGUCAAUAUGGAGAUGGACAGAUGUAAUGGAGACUUAGUGAAUGUCUGGGACAGUGUUCAUAAAGCGUCAUGUCAGAGUGCUGAUCUGGGAUCAGUUUAGCCUUUUAGAUCAUAAUGAAUACCAGAGAGGACAAGAUCCUAGUGCUGAUCUGGGAUCAGGUUAGCCUUUUUAAAUCAUAUUGACGAUAGAUAAUACAAGGAGGACCUGAUCCUGGAUCAGCACUCUGAGGCGCUUUAUGAGUACAGGCCCUGAUGUCAGUGUAUUAUCUAAUGAGAUGCCGUAGCCGUGAAAUGUAUUGCCAUAAGAGAUUAAAGACAACAUCCCUCUGAUUGACACCCAGGGACCCGAAUUCACAAAGCGUCUCAGAGUAGGAAAGCUGAUCUAGGAUUUAAAAGACAAAACUGCUUUGUAAAUACGGGGCCUGAUCCGAGUUAGAUUCUUAAAGAUAUUUGAGCUGGGCUUGAUUUACCUUUUGAAGUUGGCACUUUUAUGAUUAGUCCAUUGGGUUCCUGUGUACCAGGCAAACUAAAUCAAGCGCAUCUCAAGUAUUUGACAAAUGUGAUGGACUCAUGUCUGGUUGUAUAGCUACGCAUACUGAAGCAGAGCAUCAGGUGAGGUAAUGUAAAUGUAAUGGAUGUGAAAUGGCUAGCUAGUUAGCGGUGGUGCGCGCUAAUAGCCUUUCAAUCAGUGACGUCACUUGCUCUGAGACCUUGAAGUAGUGGUUCCCCUUGCUCUGCAAGGGCCGCGGCCUUUGUGGAGCGAUGGGUAACGAUGCUUCGUGGGUGACUGUUGAUGUGUGCAGAGGGUCCCUGGUUCGCUCCCGGGGCGAGGGGACGGACUAAAGUUAUACUGUUACAUAAACAUAAAGGUACCUCUGAGACUAGCUACGCAUACUAAAGCAGAGCGUCAGGUGCGGUAAUGUAAACAUAAAGGUACCUCUGAGACUGUAGCUACGCAUACUAAAGCAGAGCGUCAGGUGAGGUAAUGUAAACAUAAAGGAACCUCUGAGACUGUAGCUACGCAUACUAAAGCAGAGCGUCAGGUGAGGUAAUGUAAACAUAAAGGAACCUCUGAGACUGUAGCUACGCAUACUAAAGCAGAGCGUCAGGUGCGGUAAUGUAAACAUAAAGGUACCUCUGAGACUAGCUACGCAUACUAAAGCAGAGCGUCAGGUGAGGUAAUGUAAACAUAAAGGUACCUCUGAGACUAGCUACGCAUACUAAAGCAGAGCGUCAGGUGAGGUAAUGUAAACAUAAAGGAACCUCUGAGACUAGCUACGCAUACUAAAGCAGAGCGUCAGGUGAGGUAAUGUAAACAUAAAGGAACCUCUGAGACUAGCUACGCAUACUAAAGCAGAGCGUCGGGUGAGGUAAUGUAAACAUAAAGGAACCUCUGAGACUGUAGCUACGCAUACUAAAGCAGAGCGUCAGGUGAGGUAAUGUAAACAUAAAGGAACCUCUGAGACUGUAGCUACGCAUACUAAAGCAGAGCGUCAGGUAAGGUAAUGUAAACAUAAAGGUACCUCUGAGACUGUAGCUACGCAUACUAAAGCAGAGCGUGAGGUAAUGUAACAUAAAGGUACCUCUGAGACGGUUUGCUCCGUUCAAUAACUGUCAGAUAGAAUCUCUAAAGACUACUUCCAAUGGAAGAAAUGGUUAACGUUCCCUUUACAGCAGUUCUGGCCCUAUAGAAGCCAUGUUAUGAUGUAGUUAAUGACUUGGGUGUAAACCGUGCUGGGUUUAGUUGAAUUGUGAAUGUGAGAAAUGUUGCCAGAACCUCAUGAUGAGUCACUCUGUUUACAUGUGACUGUACUGAUCAAUGUGGCGCUCGUUGCUGUGUUGACUUACAGUGACGAGGUUUAUUAUAUUUUUGGAACAUUUUAUUGUGUUUUACAUCUAUUUUCUCAGCCUUUCAUAGUGCCUCAUUAAACCCUAUUCCUACAUUGAUAUGUCUAUUGUUUAGCUGUUAAUUACCACACAACAGAUUCAUCCUAUAUCUAUGCUAAUAUGCUAAUAACAGCCCAUUUCAGUCAGACAAAUAUGUUUUCUAUGUGGUCAAAGUGAAUAGAAUCUGUGUGUAUAAAUAAAUAAUAAAUACUCAUAAUUUCCCCCAGAA